UUUCCAUAUCCUUCAAAGAACAAAGUUACUACUCCCGUACCCUUCCAGCAGCCCAGCACGCUACUGACAUUCUCUUACACGCCGGAGCGGGUCCUAGAGUUCACGGACUCCGCGUUGCGCUACUAUGUCGAGCCGCCACUACGUGCUGAGCUUAAGUAUGGCUAUGAACGAUGGAUCAAGAAGCCCGAGGAGAAGGGACGACUCGACGGUCUGCUCAAGGCUGUCCUGAAGUAUCGCUCGCGAGUCGACGCUGGUGGUGGAGAUGGCGUUGCGUGGUUGAGGGACGUUGCUGUCAUCUCAUGGCGUGGUGUCAUGACCAAGAUACUGACCGCUCCUUAUGAAGACCGAGAUGCGUGGGAAUUGAACGUCAUGCUCGUCGACGGCACGCUAUACCUGGAAGAGCAUCUAACUGACGCGAAGCUGCUUCAGAAGGAAGACAUGGAGCCCCGACAUAGACUACAGUCGUACUUCGGGUACUCUUUCGAAUCUUACUGCACAUCUUUCCGUCCAGAACAAAGGGAAGUGCGUAUCGAAGCUGAGUCCCAUCCUUACGGCUGGGGCGGAGAUGUAGACACCAAUGUCCAGUGGUGUGCCGUGGUUAAGACGAAGCUGGGGAGUCAGCGGCUCGUAAUAGGAGGCGAGGUCGACUGUGUACGAGGGCGAUUUCAGGGUAAUACUGAUUCUCUGAUCGAGCUCAAGACGUCGCUCACCAUACGAGGCGCACAAGAUGAAGCCAAGUUUGAAAAGAAGCUGCUCAAAUUCUAUUUUCAGUCCUUCCUGCUUGGCGUACCGGAGAUCGUCGUUGGAUUCCGGACACCACAAGGUCAACUCUCGACGAUCCAGUCAUUCAAGACAGUCCAAAUUCCUCGCCUAGUCAGAGGAAAGCCGCAUGCAUGGGAUCCAUCGAUAUGCUUGGGCUGGGGCCACCGAUUCAUUGAAUUCCUCAGAUCAAUCCUCGCAUCCCAGCCAAGUUCGCUCGGCGUCUGGCGUGCCAAAUUCUUGCCAGGUACAGGUGUCACCCUUUCACUCCUCGACGAUUUGGGAAUAGCGGAGGUAGAAGCCAGCGACGAUCGCGUCGGAUUCUUACCCAGGUGGUACGUGGACGAGCUC